GCGCGCUGCGUUGUGACGUCUCUGUUGUGCGACUUUUCGUUGGCGGUCAAGAAGGGAAAAAAACGCAAAGAAUUUCCUUGGAGUCUGAGAUGUCAUCUGGAGCUGAUCAUCCUCCAACAUCAUGCGGACCAAAGUCAGUACGGCGGUCUCCUCGUCUCUCCCCUCAGGGAGGCGUGGGUCAAGGAGAGCAGCAGAGGAAAAAAGGUGGAGGUUUGCAGGAGGCAAAGAAGAAAGGGAAAAUGCUAAGGAACCGAGAGGAACAGAAUGAGGAGUUGCAUGUCCAACUCCAGCAGAUGGACCUGUCCAACAGUUCGCCUGUCACUGGUACAGGUUUGGUCUAUUCAGAGACUUUCACUCUUCAUCAGAACCUGUGGGAUUCCAAUCAUGCAGAAAGCCCAGACAGACUGAGGUUCAUCAUGGAGGAGCUAGAAAGACAAGAGCUUUUGUCUCGCUGCGUUCGAGUGCAGCCCAGAGCAGCCACUGAUGAAGAGCUGCUUUUUGUUCACACGAAGAACUACAUUGACCUGAUAAAGUCCACUCAGCAAAUGUCUGAAACAGAGCUGCAUCAACUUUCUGACAAAUAUGAUUCCAUAUUUAUCCAUCCAGAGACCUUCCAUGUGUCGAUACUAGCGGUGGGUUCAGUGCUACAGCUCGUUGACCAGGUUUUGACAUCUAAACUUAGGAACGGCUUUGCUGUUGUCAGGCCUCCUGGUCAUCAUGCUCAAUCAAACGAGGCCAACGGGUUUUGUAUUUUCAACAAUGUGGCCGUUGCAGCUCGUUAUGCUCAGAAAAAACACAGUGUUAAAAGAAUUUUGAUCGUGGAUUGGGAUGUUCAUCAUGGUCAAGGGAUCCAGUAUGUUUUCCAGGAAGAUCCCAGCGUGUUGUACAUGAGCGUACACAGGUUUGAGCAUGGUGCAUUCUGGCCUCACCUACCUGAGUCUCACAGUACUUUUGUCGGCUGCCCCCCUGCCGAAGGAAGGAACAUCAACCUGGCAUGGAGCACGGCAGGAAAAAGCGACGCAGACUACGUGUGUGCUUUCCAGCAAUUGCUACUUCCUGUUGCCUACGAGUUUCAGCCAGAGCUUGUACUGGUCUCAGCAGGUUUUGAUGCUGUAUUGGGGGAUCCCAAGGGCGAGAUGUGCGUGAGUCCUAAAUGUUUCCAGACACUCACGCACAUGCUGAUGUCUUUGGCAGAAGGUCGACUCAUUCUGGCACUCGAGGGCGGUUACAACCUACAGAAGACUGCAGAGGGUGCUGCUGCUUGUGUUCGAGCACUUCUGGAGGGAGCCUCUGCACCAAAGGGUCCAGCCACUGCACCUUCUGACUGUGCCCUGAAUUCCAUCUCUGAGACCAUCUCAGCUCUGUACCCAUACUGGACCUCACUACAAGUGUUGGAGGGUGAUAUAUUCGCCGAAGAAUGUGCUCUCAGAGACACACCGAAUAAGGAGUGCACACUGAGUCCCAGUGUCACGACAACUGGUCUGGUGUAUGAUGAGAGGAUGAUGGAGCAUCUGAACAUGUGGGAUAGGCAUCAUCCUGAACAGCCACAAAGAAUCUUCAAGAUCUUCUCCAGGCAUCAGCAGCUUGGACUGGUAGAGCGUUGCCGCCAAAUCCCUGCUCGCUAUGCCACGGAAGAGGAGCUCGCCAUGUGUCACACCAUGGAACAUAUCCAGCUGAUGAAGUCCACCGCUACGAUGAAGAGCAGAGAUCUGCACUUAUUGGGACAAGAGUUCAACUCCAUCUUCAUCAACUGUCAGAGUUAUCAGUGCGCCCUGCUGGCUGCUGGAUGCUGCUUCAAUGCUGUAGACCACAUCCUGAGUGGACAGGUGAGAAGCGGCGUAGCUAUCGUGCGGCCCCCAGGCCAUCAUGCCGAGAGAGACUCUGCUUGCGGUUUUUGUUUCUUUAACACUGCUGCGCUCGCAGCUCGCUAUGCUCAGAAAAACUCCCACGAUGCACCUGUACGAGUCUUAAUCCUGGACUGGGAUGUUCACCACGGCAAUGGCACACAGCACAUGUUUGAAGACGAUAAUAGCGUCCUUUACAUCUCUCUCCAUCGCUAUGACAACGGGACCUUCUUCCCGUCCUCGGAGGACGCCGCCCCGGACCGAGUGGGUGUGGGCCAGGGAGCGGGUUUUAAUGUCAACGUGGCCUGGAGCGGCGGGCGGAUGGGAGACGCCGAAUAUCUUGCCGCCUUCCACCACGUCGUCAUGCCCAUUGCCGCUGAGUUCAAUCCAAGUUUGGUGUUGGUGUCGGCGGGAUUUGACGCUGCACGGGGAGACCCUCUGGGAGGAUACCGCGUGACCCCUGAGGGCUAUGCCCACCUCACGCACAUGCUGAUGUCGUUGGCUUGUGGGCGGGUAUUAGUCAUACUGGAGGGUGGUUACAACUUGACGUCCAUCUCCGACUCCAUGGCCAUGUGCACAAGUGUGUUGCUUGGCGACCCUCCUCCUUUCUUGGUGAAGCCUCUCCCCCCACCUCACCACACUGCAGUAGCUGCCAUCAACGAGGUCAUCCGACACCACGCCACAUACUGGAAGUCAUUGAGGAUAAGAAUCCCAGAGUCCGUACGAACAGCCAUACCUUCCCCAAGUGUUCAUCGGAGACGUAGUGGUAAAGGGAAAGGCAGGAGGUCAAGACAGAGUGGACCAGACAAACCACCAUCACCACCCACAAUGGGAUUGAAGGACACCACAGCAGAUGCCGGUUUGGACAAGCUCACACAAGGAUUGGCCGGCUUGAAUAUCAGUAAGAGCAUGCACACGCCUGAAGCAGAUGAAACUCAGGCCAAAAUGCACUGCGAGGGAAACGAUAGGGUGGAGUCGGAAGAAAUGACAUCUGAGCAGAGCCAAUUGAGGGCGGAGAGAAGUGAAGUGACACCUAAGCAGAGCCAAUUAGCAGAGAGCUUGCUGCCGGAGGUCGAUGUCGCCGCACCAGCAAACAUUGACCCCGGAAAUAAGCCAGAGCCAGAGGGAGCGUGUGGUUGGUCGAAGCCUGAGGGAACUUUGGAACUGACAUGUGGACUUCAGAUGGCCGGAAUGUUUGUGGUGGACCCUCUGUCCUGGUGUCCUCACCUUGACACCGUCAAGCCCCUGCCCACGUCCGGUAUUGAUGUCUUCAUGCCUUGUCAAGACUGUGGCUCGGAGGCGGAGAACUGGAUCUGCCUUAGCUGCUACAAGGUGGCAUGCGGCCGCUACAUCAGUGAGCACAUGUUGAUGCACGGCAUGAUGGCCGAUCAUCCUGUGGUGCUGAGCUUCUGUGACCUCUCUGUUUGGUGCUACGCAUGCGAAGCCUAUGUGCACAACCAGGUCUUGUUUGAAGCAAAGAACGCCGCCCACAGUGCCAAGUUCGGAGAGGAGAUUCCACCCUGGAGUUAGAAAGAGGAGAUAGACGAUGGACUUGACCGUAAAGACUGCUCAGACUUUUGGACGUUUUAAAAUCACUACAGUCAACCUAGUAGCGAUCAUUUUCAGCAACUUUUUCAUGCUGUUAAUUAAAGUGCAGCUCCUCCAUUAGUGCUCACCAGCACAUUGCUUCACAACCAGGUUCUACAAUGGAGGCUUUUAAAGAGGCACUUAAGUGUACAUAUAUUUUUUAGAACCUCGGAUGUCAUUUUACAAGGUUUGCACAACAAUUUGCGAUAAAAGUGCCCAGAAUGGGCAGCUGACUGGAUGUAAUUUAUAUACUGGCCGUCGAUGGGGUGGGUGUGUGAGUUGGAAGCUUGUGGGCUUUGGCAAAUGUGUGUGGUGACUUUGACUACAAAGUUUUUCAAUGAUACAAAGCUAAGCUAUUUUCCUUUUGUAGAAAAAUAGGAUAAUCACUCACCUCACACCCUCACUUCAGCAGGGAUCCGUGCGUGCAGAGGAGUAUUUCAGUCAGAAGGCAAGACUUCCUGGUUCCAAAAUGCUUACAUGCUCCUUUAAUCUACUGUAUGCUUAAUGCGACACAUUUUAGAACCAGGAAGUGGCCACUCAAAACAAGCUUGCCUACCUACUCAAUGCACAUUAGUGGAUGUGGAAGAAAAAUGAAGAGGGCAGGUACUUGCAUGAUUGGGCACGGUGGGAUGUUACCCUGUGACCGAUUUCAAAACCAACAAUUUACAAACAAAACAAAACAAAAAAAUACAAAGAUGACAAACUUCAACGGGCACUCUUCCAUUUCAACUUAACUCGAAAACAUUAAAAAAUGACUUUAGUGCCUCUUUAAAUUUCGAAAAUGCCUGUGAAAAGGGGCUGCCAAAAACUAAACGUGAUAUAGGGGUUGGGGGACUUAAAGUAAAUUUAAAUUUAAAUGUAAUGUUUUGAGGCCGUCGUGGCCUGUUUGUUGUGCAAUAACAGUGUUCUGUACACACAUUAAAACAUUUUUUAAAUGUUUUUGAAGUCAAACGUCAAUGUUUAGAACAAGAUGUAUAGUUGAUUUUCUCACGUGAUGAAAAUCAAUAAAAAUAGAAGUGGUUAACGGUGCAUGUCAGAGGGGAACUAAA